AUGGCUUAUUCAGGCUCUGCUUUGAGAACCAUCUCUUCUGCUACUUCUGUGAAAGCAGCUGCAGCAAGAUCACACACUAAUGGUGUUGUGCCCAUCAAUCCAUCACUCUUGUCUUUCAAGCUGGCUCCAAGCACACGUCUCCUCACAAAAACUUCAAGCUUUGGCAACUUCUCUGUCGCCAACAGAUCUUUCUCGUGCAAGAGCCAAGCUGCUUCAACUGAGGAGUCAAGACCCACCAAAGUUCAAGAACUGAGUGUUUAUGAGAUCAAUGAGAGAGAUCGUGGAAGCCCUGCUUAUCUUCGUUUGAGCCAGAAAUCUGUGAAUUCUCUUGGUGAUCUUGUGCCUUUUAGCAACAAACUUUACACCGGAGACCUCCAGAAACGGAUAGGAAUAACAGCAGGAAUAUGUGUGCUGAUACAAAACAAACCGGAAAAGAAAGGUGACCGGUAUGAGGCAAUCUACAGCUUCUACUUUGGUGACUACGGUCAAAUUUCAGUGCAGGGAUCUUAUUUGACGUACGAGGACACGUAUCUUGCUGUGACUGGUGGGUCGGGUAUUUUUGAAGGGGCGUACGGUCAGGUUAAGCUGCAGCAGCUUGUGUUCCCUUUCAAGCUGUUUUACACAUUUUACUUGAAGGGUCUCAAGGAGGACUUGCCUGAGGAGCUGCUUGGGAAGGCUGUCGAGCCCAGCCCUGCGGUCGAGCCCAGCCCUGCGGCUAAGGCUUGUGAGCCAAAUGCUGUUAUUGCUAAUUAUACUGAAUAA